AUGACCCAGAGGCACCUGCGCGCGCAGGUGCCUUCUGCAACCACAGCCGCCACCAUGAGUAAGGCGGCUGAGGGUGAUGAGCUCUCAGAAUUCUUCAGCCUCAUCCCAGACUCGCUGGAGGUUGCCAACACGAGCAGUAACGCGUCGCCGCAGCUUCCCGACUUGUGGUGGGAGCUGGGGCUGGAGUUACCGGAUGGUGCGGCGCCCGGACAUCCUCCGGGCAGCGGCGGGGCAGAGAGCGCAGACACUGAGGCCCGGGUACGGAUUCUCAUCAGUGCGGUUUACUGGGUAGUUUGUGCUCUGGGACUGGCCGGCAACCUGCUGGUUCUCUACCUGAUGAAGAGCAAGCAGGGCUGGCGCAAAUCUUCCAUCAACCUCUUUGUCACUAACCUGGCGCUCACUGACUUUCAAUUCGUGCUCACUUUGCCCUUCUGGGCAGUGGAGAACGCUCUAGACUUCAAGUGGCCCUUCGGCAAGGCCAUGUGUAAGAUAGUGUCCAUGGUGACGUCCAUGAACAUGUACGCUAGCGUCUUCUUUCUCACUGCUAUGAGCGUGGCGCGCUACCACUCUGUGGCCUCUGCUCUGAAGAGUCAUCGGACCCGAAGGUUUGGCCGUGGCGACUGCUGCGGCCAGAGCUUAAGGGACAGCUGCUGUUUCUCAGCCAAGGUGUUGUGUGGAUUGAUAUGGGCUUCUGCCAUGUUAGCCUCGCUGCCCAAUGUCAUCUUUUCUACCACCAUCAGGGUGAUGGGUGAGGAGCUGUGCCUCAUGCAUUUCCCGGACAAGCUGCUAGGCUGGGACAGGCAGUUCUGGCUGGGUUUGUACCACCUGCAGAAGGUGUUGCUGGGCUUCCUGCUGCCGCUGAGUAUCAUCAGUCUGUGUUACCUGUUGCUAGUGCGCUUCAUCUCGGACCGCCGCAUAGUGGGGACAACGGAUGGAGCCGAAGUCGCAGCGGCUGGGGGAGGCCUGAGUGCAGCCAGCGCUCGGAGGCGGUCCAAGGUCACCAAGUCAGUCACCAUUGUAGUCCUGUCCUUUUUCCUGUGUUGGCUGCCCAACCAGGCGCUCACCACCUGGAGUAUCCUCAUCAAGUUCAACGCAGUACCCUUCAGCCAGGAGUACUUUCUGUGCCAGGUGUACGCGUUCCCAGUCAGCGUGUGUCUAGCGCACUCCAACAGCUGCCUCAACCCGAUCCUCUACUGCUUAGUGCGCCGCGAGUUCCGAAAGGCGCUCAAGAACCUGCUGUGGCGCCUCGCGUCGCCUUCGCUUACCAGCAUGCGCCCCUUCACCGCCACCACCAAGCCAGAGCCGGAGGACCACGGGCUGCAGGCCCUGGCGCCGCUUAACGCCGCUGCAGAACCUGACCUGCUCUACUAUCCGCCCGGUGUAGUGGUCUACAGUGGGGGACGCUACGACCUGCUGCCUAGCAGUUCGGCCUACUGAGACCUGCCAAGGCUUAAGGGGGCCUUCCACCGACAAGGAGAGGGGAGAGCAGUUUGGGGGCUGGAAGAGCGGGAUUGAAGAAAAAAGUAGGAAAGGAAUGUUGCUGGGAAGAGCAGACUGUGAAAAGGCCAGAGGGCGUUCUCAGCAGAAAUCAGGUUAAGGGAGAAACAUCCUCACCUGGUAGCCUUGGCUCAGGCUCCCCACUCCCCUACUCGGCCUGUUGAACGCUGUGGGACACCUAGGAGCCAUGGGAAGUGGGAACAGCACUGGGAAGCAGAGAAACUGGGUUGCUUAGGAGCUGGGCUUAGCUAAAUUAUGUCCAGACCAGGGAUCAUUUGGCCUAGAGACUUUUAUGAAGAACUUUAUGGGGCCUCAAGCAAAAUCCCACAGGAUAAGUUGCCCAUAAAGCCCGCCUAAAUGCCCUUUGAUCUGCUAGACUGUCCCAAGCAAAGAUCUAACUUGUCAUGACUGUCUGGAAAAAGGAAAAUGAGAAUUAGAAUCUUUUAUCCUUUAUCAUCCUGGACAGGACUAACAUGCAAAAGCUGACCCUGAUCUCUCUGCUGUGCCUCUGAGCACAAAUGUCACCUGUGAAGGAACAUGAGGUACAAGAGAGAGUGCUGUGGUUAGAAGGAAUGAUAGAGAAGCCUUUUAAUGAUGCAGCCCCUAAAGAAAAGGGGGGACUAGAUACAGAGUGGAAAGUGUAGUGUCUCCUCUGAAAGCCUGGGUAUCCAGAAUCUGUUGAGAACAGUAUGGAUACCUGGCGCUUUGGUCUAUUGCUGCAGAUGAGGCAGCACGCACCCUGAAAGCUCUCCUGAGAGUCGGGGUGCUUUAGCAACCCCCUCACUCUUUGGGAAUGGACUGACAGAUGCAAAACUGAAGUAGCAGAUAGAGAGAUGGCUCGGUGCUGUUUGGGUCUUAGAAGAGCAGGAAAUGCUGUCCAGUUGUCUUCUAGAAGUUGGGGUUUGAUCUUUCCAAUGGGGAGGGAGGAUUCAAGUAAAAUCUAUCCUAAAGAGAAAGAGGGACCAUUUCCAACAGCCAAAUGUACAAGUGAAAGCUAUGUAGCUGAAAGAAGGAAAGACUUGGAAUUUGAGUAGAAGACUGGCUAACCAAGUUCCAGGUACUCUUGUGUUUCUUCAUUGUGCAUGCAGGCCAGCCAGAGGGCUGUCUCGAAGGAGUGAGUUCUAGUCACAGGGUAAGAGUCUGCUCUGAGAACUGAGAUAAAGCCCUUCCUCAACCAGGGUCAAUAGAGAGGCUCCUUUUCUAUUUGCCUUGGUCUGGGGUUAAGGGGCUGGUAGAGCAGGCACCUCACACUGGGGUGUGGUCACUUUAUGAUGUCUCACUAGAAAAGCACAGCUGCUUAAAUGGCCUCCUGAACCACAGGACUGCUUGAUAAUUUUGUCAACAUUGUACUCUUAUAUGUG